GUUUUUUAAUAUUUAGAGUGAAUGUUUUUGUGAAUACUAUUUACUAUCUUCAAUAAUUAUAAAUAACUAGUUAAUAAAAGUUGUAGAUAGUGCACUUAAGUGAAAAACUGCAGUAGAAAGAACCAUAAAAUCUGUUUACGUACACAAUGAACUUCCUAAGAAAAUUGUUUCCUAGCAAUAAAAAUGCUAAAAAUCUUACCUCGAUAACGGAUACUACUACAAAUUGUAUAGAAACUCGAAUGAACGGCGAAAACUCACACUCUGAUAGUAAUUUAAAUGAUCUUGAAAUGAAUUCGACACUAAAGAACUGUGAAGGUGAAAUUAAUAUUGAAAUUACAGCUGAACAUAUUUUAGACGAUGUUAUCCAUGAAUUGGACUCUAAUAAAACAUUUCAUGUUCUAACUAAUGUGCCUCCUACUGAAAUAAGUUGUAAUAACGAUGAUGGUAUUAAAAAAGUAAAUAAAAGUCCAGAAGUUUUAAAUAAUAAUUCUGAAGAUAUUUUUAAGGAAAAUGGCGAGGAACAAGUUCCAAAUGUUGUUGAUAAUGAGAGUAAAAUAAAGGAAAUCAAUAGUACUAAUGUAGUAGACGAAGUAAAUCUACAAUUAAAAGAAUUUGAAGAAGUCUUAGUAAACAUUGACGAUUACCUUACAACAGACAAUUUAGAAACUCAAUGCAGCUUAAAUUCGAACGAACUCGACGAUAUUUUAAAUGAAAUAGAUACUGCUAAUGAAGAUUUGCAUACAGAAAUUAAUAAUAAUAAUAUUUCUGAUGAAACGAACCCAAAUAAUAUUAUGAAUGAUAGAAAAGUUUCGAAUAAUAGUGAAAUUAUUGAUGUCAUUUCAAUAAAUUCUUCUAUAGAUGAAGAAAUAUCUGAAAAUGAAGUUACAAUUGAUCUCAUCAGUGAUUCAGAUGAUUCAGAAUCAUGUGAGGGCUAUCAUUCAUCAGAUUUUGAAUUUAUAUCGGAAACUGAAGCUCGAAUGGACGGCUUUAUUAUAAACUUCAGACAAAAUAGACCUAACGAAGAUCUAGAACAAUUUCAUGGUUAUCCAGGCCAAUUUGCUGAAGAAUUGUUUGGGGAUCGACUAUCAGACCCAGGUGAAGGGCCCAGUAACCGAAAUGAAUUCGAAGAUAGGACUUAUAGGGACAAUCAUCGGAUCCCUGAAGGAGAUAACUAUUUGCAGUUGUUUCAAGGGCUUUAUAAUCCUUUGAUGGCGGUCUCUGAAAUUUACUUUUUGGAGAAUAAAUCUGUUAGGACUUCGGCCAUGAAUAGCCAGUAUGAUGGGAUGGGAUUUGAUAAGCAGUUGGCUAUGAGGAGGCAUCAACCAGAUAGCUCGGAAGAUGAGUUUGGUGACGAUGCAAAGACAACAGCUGGAAAGAUUUUAAACAUGUAUCCGAGAGAAAAUAGGAAAAGAAGGAGGCGACGAUAGUUAGCUUUUUGUAGUUCUUUUUAUU